CCCCGCUCCCCUCAGGCCCCGCCAUGGCCGCCCGCGGCGCCUUCCCGCUCAGCCCCCUGCCGCCCGCCGCCCCCGCCGCUCCGCCGCCCCCCGGGCCCGGGCCCGGCAUCCUGAGAGGCCCCAGCCCGGCUCCGGCAACCGCUGCGGCUCCGGGAUACCGGCCCAUGGGGCCCGCGGCCGCGCAGUACCAGCGCCCUGGGAUGCCUCCAGGUGGCCGGAUGCCCAUGGCGGGGCUGCAGGUGGGCCCACCGGGAACACCCCCAUAUGGAGCAGCCUCCCCGCUGAGACCUGGCCUGCCGCAGUCGAUGAUGGACCCGUUCAGGAAGCGUCUGCUGGCCCCCCAGUCACAGCCGCCGAUGGCCAGCCAGCGGAGAGGGGUGAAAAGGAGGAAGAUGGCUGACAAGGUCCUGCCACAGAGGAUCCGGGAGCUGGUCCCAGAAUCCCAGGCCUACAUGGACCUCCUUGCCUUUGAGCGCAAGCUGGACCAAACCAUCGCUCGGAAGAGGAUGGAGAUUCAGGAGGCCAUUAAGAAACCGCUGACGCAAAAGCGGAAGCUGAGGAUUUACAUCUCCAACACUUUCACCCCAGCCAAAGAAGAAGGGGAGGGUGGUGAGCGUGUGGCCUCCUGGGAGCUACGUGUGGAGGGCAAACUGCUGGAGGACCCAAGCAAGCAGAAGAGGAAGUUCUCCUCCUUUUUCAAGAGCCUCGUCAUCGAGCUGGACAAAGAGCUGUACGGGCCAGACAACCAUCUGGUGGAGUGGCACCGACUGCCCACGACCCAGGAGACUGAUGGCUUCCAAGUGAAGCGUCCUGGUGAUGUCAAUGUGAAGUGCACCCUGCUGCUCAUGCUGGAUCACCAGCCACCACAGUACAAACUGGACCCUCGCCUGGCUCGCCUGCUGGGGGUGCACACCCAGACCCGUGCCAGCAUCAUGCAGGCGCUCUGGCUCUACAUCAAGCACAACAAGCUGCAGGACAGUCACGAGAAGGAAUACAUCAACUGCAACCGCUACUUCCGUCAGAUCUUUAACUGUGUCCGCAUGCGCUUCUCUGAGAUCCCCAUGAAGCUGGCAGGGCUCCUGCAGCACCCGGAUCCCAUCAUCAUCAACCACACCAUCAGCGUGGACCCCAACGACCAGAAGAAGACGGCCUGCUAUGACAUCGACGUGGAGGUGGAUGACCCCCUGAAAGCUCAGAUGAGCAACUUCCUGGCUUCCACCACCAACCAGCAGGAGAUCGCCUCCCUGGAUGCCAAGAUCCACGAGACCAUCGAAUCCAUCAACCAGCUGAAGACACAGCGUGAUUUCAUGCUGAGCUUCAGCAACAACCCGCAGGACUUCAUCCAGGAAUGGAUCAAAUCCCAGAGGAGGGACCUCAAAAUCAUAACGGAUGUGAUUGGGAACCCCGAAGAGGAGCGGCGAGCUGAGUUUUACCAGCAACCCUGGGCUCAGGAGGCUGUGGGCAGACACAUCUUCGCCAAGGUCCAGCAGCGUCGGCAGGAACUGGAACAAGUGCUUGGGAUCCGCCUCACUUAAGGGGCCAGUGGGGGCUCGGGAGCUCUUUCUCCUCUCCCUGCUGCCUGAGCCUGACGGUACUUCUUACUGGAAUCGAAUACAGCACUUGCACAAACCCUACGUGCCUGGAGGGGCUCGGAGCCCCUCGUGCCCCUGGGCUCCCCUCGGCCAGGAAGCUCUAGCCGCAGGCAGAGCAGCAGAGGGUCCCCUGCUUCCCCCGAGUCCUGCUGCAGCCUCUCUGGUGCAUUAACAUGUCCUUGCUUUUGCCGUUCACCUCUCCCUGUAGCAUUGAAUGCAGCCCUCUGUGAGCGCCUUGUCCAGCUCGCUCCCCUCCUUGCCCUGCCUCUGGCCAAAGCCCUCCUGGAGUUUGCUGCCUGCCCCGCCAGCCCUCCCCAGCACCAUGAGGGCAGGCCUGGUCCUGCCCCUCUUCAACCAAAGUUUGUCAUUCCAAACGCCAGCCCUGCUGGUGCCCGACGUUUUGCACUAUUUUUGUGAACAGGUUUUAUAAAAAAAAAAAAAAAGCGUUUUGUACAGUGCGUUUGUAUUUGAUUAAUAUAUUGAGUUCCUCUUACUGCACUCAUUGCCUCAAACUAUGCAGUGAUUCCUUGUUCUCAAAGGGCUGGCUUGGCCCAAGCUGUUCUUUUUAUACGUGAGUUUUUAGUGUUGUUUCUGACAAUCAGUUGAUUGUUCACCCCCUGCUGUUUGACUUAGAGACUUGUCCUGUGCCUGAUACAGGUAUGGGGGGAGGGGGGCAGAGGGGGUAGCUCUGUCCCCAGGAGCCUGUGGGCAGCGGGGACCCGGGGCUCUGAGAACUGGAGAUGCUGGGGUGAGGGGCUAAGGGGACAGUGCCACUGCCCACUGGCCCUGCUGAAGUGCCUUUACCCCGCUGGCCCCGUGCCUGCACGCUCCUCACGGCACAUCCCUGCCUUCUCCAGGCAGUCGCAGGCAGAGGGGGGGGCGUUUACAUAUUCCCAGGGUGUAUGGCUCAGGGGUGCCUGCUCUGUCUUUUGUGUAACCAUUUUGUCUAUUUUGGGUAUUUUCUAAUAAAACCAGUUAGCAGCA